GUUUCGUGGUCUCCGCUUCUGACGGGACAGGCUAGCUUUGCGGAGUGAGGAGUACGCAGUUACCUAAAAAUGUCUGGUGAGUUAGGUCAGCCUCAGGCCGGCCCCUCACAUGCUGGGCUAGAUUUGCCGAACCCUGAGAGAAAUCGGGCUGGGGUCCCGGGAGGGGUGAUCCGAAGGGUCGGUGCCCAAGGGCGCAGGUCCUGGAUCCAAAAGGUUCUGGAGCAAAUAACGGAUUCACCUCUGCAAUGGGUCACCCCGUCGGAGGUGGUGCCUGUCGCUGUGCUGGCCGUCCAGAGAUACCUGUUAGAGGAUGAGCCACGCGACACGAUACCGAAACCUCCCCUUUAUUGCUAUGAUGUGACGAUCUCAGACGGGGUGUACCAGGAGAAGUGCUACCUGGACCCCAGCCUGAACUUUCUCGUAUAUAAAAAUAUUCUUAAAGUGGGCAUAGAAAUGAAAAUUUCCAGAGUCUCGUGUCUUUACAACGAGAAAAGAUUAGGCCAGGGGAUCCUGUGCAUAGAUAAUGUCCACUGUGGAGACACCUUGGAGGAGAUUUCUUUAGAAACUCCAUUCAGAAAUAGUGCGCACGAGGAGGUACCGGAGAGGCCUUUAAGAGGCGGGAAGAGUCAUUACCUGGCCCUGUGGAAUAACGAAGACCCAUAUGGAGAUAUUUGGUUAACCAACAAGCAACCUGAGGAGCACAAUUUUAACAAUACCAAAAUAAUUUCCCUUUCUCACCUUGAGAUGACCUGGUCUAACAGAAGAAAUUUUCCUGCAUUGCUUGUGAGAAUCUUGCAUAAAUCCAAACUGCGAUACUAUGGAAAACCUGAUAAAAAGAUGAUUGAGCCAUACCAGACCUUUUUGGAAGUUGCUGACAGUUCAGGCACGGUGUCAGUGAUCAUGUGGAAUGCCCUAUGUCCCGAGUGGUAUAAAAGUCUGCGGGUUGGCUUAGUUCUUCUGCUUCAGGAUUAUUCUGUUAAAAAGAGUUAUCCAUUCAGGAUGCAGCCUCUCCCUGUGGAUCCACAGAUCAAACUAAUUUCUACAAUGGAAAUCUGCCUGAACCUCCGAGAUCCUCCAACUAACAUAAUUAUCAUUCCAGAAAAGCAGGUGAAACCUGAAUGGAGAUUGCCAAAAUUAAAUCACCGCUUUAUCACAAGGUCAGAAUUGGAUGAUAUGCCAGAAAAUCAUAUCUGUGAUGUUAUUGGCAUUUUAGUUUUUGUAGGAAGGGUCCAGCGGUCAAAAAAGAAGGAAAGCCGUGAAGAUUUUUGGUCAUAUCGCUGGAUUCACAUUGCUGACGGGACUUCAGAACAACCAUUUAUAGUGGAGCUGUUUUCUACAUCUCAGCCAGAAAUCUUUGAAAAUAUUUACCCAAUGACGUAUUUCGUGUGUACUCAGUUGAAACUUGUCAGGAAUGAUGCCCAAGUACCUAAACUGCUUUACCUAACCACUACAAAUGAGAGUCGAGUGUUUCUUACUGGUCAUAGAGGCCAGCCAUACACCAACGAUAUCAAGGUAAAAAACUUUAUUCAUUGGAUUAAAACAAGGACCGAUUCUGAGCAAGUGAGGACUACUGUUAUUGGUGGAUAUUAUCCCUAUCCACCAGUGCCAGAGACAUUUUCGAAGUAUAGUAGUUCUGUCAAAGUUGAGUCGCUCUUGACAGCUAUAAGUGAAGUGAGGAAGGAGAUUGAAGACUUGCAGUAUAGGGAACAAAAGCGCAUUGCAAUUCAGGGGAUAAUUACUGUUAUAAAGUAUAUCCCCCAUGCCAGUGCAACUGAAAGUGCUUCAGGAUCAGAAACACUUCGGAAUGCUAACCGACCCUCAACAUCCCAAGCAGCUCGAGGAGAAAAUCAGAGUCAGGAAAGAGAUAAUAAUAAACGGCAUCAAGAUGAUGAUGAUCCUAUGGGCUAUCAGUAUUUUCCAGCUACAUAUGAAAGUUUGAGCCCUACCAAGAAAAAAAGAAUUCUGCAAGGGCCAUGUGCCAAAUUAAUUCCUGUACCUCAGCCAGAAACUUCUGCACAAAGAGGUAAUAGACCUGAAGUACCAAACAUUUUCCAAUGUCGAGAAAGCACAAGCGCUGGUAUCCAAGGGAAAGCGAGAAAAACUAUAAGUGAUAGAUGGGAAAGUCCACUGUGGAGAGAGAAAAAGUUUGGCUUAAUGGAUCAUCUGCAUUACAGCUGCGUUCAUCCUGAAAGUAUUCCACGGAAAUUUAUUUUCGAGCAGAGGAAGUUUCUCACUGAGCAGUUUAAUUCUCAGCCUGCAAAAUACAUACCACCAGAGGGAAGGCCCCCAAAACUUGAAGACUUCAAAAGCGCCCGAAGCCUUGGACAUUUCGAAGUAACCAUCCUAGGUCUGAACCAUGAGAUAGCAAUUGAUGUUGCAUUCCUGCCCAUGUAUUCUCCGGAAGAUCUCCGUACAUCUCAAAUCGACACAUUACUAACCUGCAUGAAUUACAGCUGUGUGUAUCCGCAGGAAACACCUGGAAAUGACAGACUGCCAAGAGCACUUGCAGGUGAUAUUAUCAAAGCUGUGACUAAACUGGAUAAAGUGCGCAUCAUCUGUAUCUUGGAUAUCUGUAACUUGGGUAACAACAAGGUAGAAGUCUACUUGCACAAAAUUUAUAGCCCAACUAAUACUUCUUAAAAGUUGGCAGAUGAAAUGGUUACAGGUUAUAAGGAAGGCACUGCUUUAAAGAUACUCUGUCAUUUUGUUGGUAAUUUCAGCAGCUGUUUUUCAGUAAGAAUAUUGCAUAAGCUUUCAAGUUAUUAAGUGGUCUCAUGUUCAAUUUCUUUGGAGCUAAUGCACUUCAUUUAAAAUUCAUUACUGAAAAGUUCAUUGAAACAGAUUUUGUGUAUCAGGAAAAUUUACCUUCUAUAUAACUAUUAUCUUGUACUAAUUUGUGUUCACUGUUCUAUUUGUGGUGUUCCUUUAUUUGAAAGCCUCAGCAUAAGGCAUCCUGACUUAGAAGAGUAACUUCUCUUGAACACUUAACAUGCUUUCACUUUUAUUCGCCUAUACUGGGAAAUUUUACAUUGCUUAUUUGAAGAUUAAAUUCUCCUAAAGUAGUCAACCUGCAUUUCUCACAACUGUGGUAGUUACUGUCAUUUUCAAAAGCACACAUGGAUUGUUAGGGUUCAUUUGCCUUGGUCUUCAGUUUGGUCAGCUGUACAAUGAGUGUAUUAAAUUGUCUUCAGGCUUUCAACUCUUUAUUGUGACCUCAUAUCCUUUGCAUUUCUAAGUAUUUUGACCAGUGUGUGAACUUAAAGCCAGAGGCUACAGUAUGCCUCUUUUCUUGGUGUAUUGAUUUGUAGUUUUCGUACAUGUAAUGUGAGUUUAAAUAGUGAAAUUUUAUCUCCUAUUAAUGUUUUAAGUGUGCAUAUUGAAAAUGUAAAACAGUGACUAAGAGAACUGAUUUUAUUCUGGUUAUCUAUUUUACUUCAUUUUAACUAUAAAUCGCCAUUCCGCAUUUGCAAAGCCCUGUGGUUGACAUCUACGUGGUUAUUAGUUAGAUGAGCCAAAAUGACCAUCACACGAGAAAAAAAUAUUCAGUGUCAAGAUCAAUCUGAUUGUAGUUCAGCAGUUAACUUGUGGGGUUUUCUUCUAGCCCUGUGAUUCAGUGACUUAAUAUGCUUUAUACUUGAAAUGUUUUUGUGCAGCUCACAAAUCUAAAGACAGAUGCUGUACUUUGUUCAUAAACGUGUUCAGCCUUUUGUUCUUUAUAAUUGUGUUUAAAUGUUAAUUAAAAUAGUGAAUCCUUCUUGUGUUAAA